AUGGACGUCUUCCAAGGUCUUGGUGGCCUCGAUGGAGAUUACCACAUCAAAGUAGACCCCUUGGUUCCACCAGUUGUAUAUCCAGCACGCAAGAUACCGUUUGCCAUAAAAGACAAGUUUAAAGACGAACUGUGUCGAAUAGAAAAAAUUGGAGCCAUUACCAAAGUUACGGAGCCCUCAGAGUGGGUGAAUUCAAUUGUUGUUACAGAAAAGAAAAAUGGAAAUCUACGGAUCUGCCUCGACCCAAGAGCUUUGAAUAAAGCAGUACGAAAGCACUAUCCCAUGAAAACCGUGGAAGAGGUAGAAGCUGAGUUGGAGGGAUCAACGGUGUUUAGUACCUUAGAUGCCUCAUCUGAAUUUUGGCAUAUCAAACUGGAUGAGAAGAGCUCCAAAUUGACCACUUUUAAUACACCAUAUGGGCGGUAUCGGUUUCUUCGCUUACCCUUUGGACUAAACUCUGCACCUGAG